AAACUAAUAUCAAAAAUCACGGUGGCCCCACUUCGAAAAUCCAUUCUUGGGCCCUAAGGACCAAUCCUACCAAAGGAAAUCUUUGGUUCAGCAAAAGCCGUAUUCUUCGUUUUUUUGCCUUGUACAACUGCAACUAUUGUCCCUUUGAGGGAUUUCUUUUUUUUUUUGAGGGAUUGUAUGAGACUAUUAUAAUAAAAAUAACACGCAUACAUAUAUGGUAUUCAAGAAGUACAAAAAAGUAGUGGUACUAAAGAUAGAGGUAAAGAAAGAGGUAUUAAAGAAAACACAAAUCAGACACCGAAGAAAUAAGAACCAGUUUCUUCAGGAAUAAUGUCACUUUCAACCAAUUCAUUCCCUUGUAUUAGCCAAGCCUUUGUUCCUGACAUGAGCAUCUUCUUUUCAUUCCUCUCCUGGAAGAUGGCAUCCUUUAGCUUCUUUAAUGCAAAUUGAAGUUGCAUUGGGUCGCUGGAGUAAUUUACUGCAGCGUUAUUAUAUAUACCUGUUGGCAUGUAGUUGACAAAAGCUCCAGUGUAUUUCCUCUUCCUAAAUCCUGUGAAUGAAGGGCGUCCGAUACAAACAGGCUCUACAUUUCCCAGACUCUUCGUUUGCAACGCUUGCGCCAUCUUGGAGAACAAUCUAAAGGGUAUUAGUGGAAUUAUGGUUUGUUUUUGAGUGGCCCUUGAUGUAAAUACAGCAUUUACCUCUUUCCUUUUGUGGCAAACAGCUUUCUUUGUUGUGAUAGUGGAAAGAAUCCCUAAGUCAUCGAGAUAUGUGCCAAAGCAGGCUUGAAAGAUCACUUGUGCUGCAUGGUCUGCUGUUCCACCCGUUUUCAUUGUAAAAGUAGGUACUUUUUUAUACAACAUGGAUAAUAUGCCAUUACAAAGGUUUUGUAAAAACUGUCUUGGUUUAGCUGCCGAAUAUUUAAGUAUUUGAACCCUUUUGUUUCAACGUACUUCCAAUGAUGAUAAGAAGGUAGGUAACUUAUCGCUGUACGCAUAGUACGUUCUUCAGUUCAAGACUUUUGAAAAUACUUGUGAUUUGUUUAUAAUGUCUCCACAAUUCUACGUGGUUAGUUCUCUUUUGUCCUUGAUGGACUUGAUGGACAGUCUCUAAGAUCUCCUGAGAUUUCUCAUCAUCGCGGUACUUGUCGGCCAUGAGUUCUAAUGUAGCUGCUACAGUAUUACUCAACCCUUGUGCAGGGAGGCUAAUUUUCUAAAAUGCAGGGUGCUCUUAUUUUUUCUGCUACGUCUGUCAGAUGUGCCUAUUUCCUUCUUUUUCCAUUAAUUAACUUGUUUUAUGUUUUCCUUGUACUCACUAGGUGUUGUGGCAAUAAAUAUAUUUUCUUUCUUUCUUGGCCUUUGGUCACACACAGUAGUCUGGCCUGGUCCCAAGUCCCAAGACAAUAUUUUGAAUUUGGGUUUGUAGUGUCCUAAAUUAUGCUCGGCGACGCCACUAAAUGUAUGGUGCCUGUAUCCUGUAGGUAUGUGCGUGGAGUUUUUAUAGAUUGCUAUGGCAAAGGUAUUUUCUGUAGCCGUCCAGCGUUUUUUUUAGGAUAGGAGGCAAACGAGCAGACAGGUCGCCUGAUGGUAAGCGAUCACCAUUUACCAUUGCAUUUCUCUUGUGAUUGCGUAGAUAUGAAUUUAUUAAUGAUUUUAUCCCAGGUAUUAUAUGUGUUCCGUGCCGGAUUAAGCCAGGAGCCUGUAGAAAAUUCUAUAGAAAUAUAUCGAAACUUUGCCAUACCUACUUUGAAAAUCUAAAGACAGACAAAGUUACUUUCGCAUUUAUAUUAUUAGUACGGAUAUUAGUAUGUAUUUCACCUUGAUUAUUAUCCACAUAUUCUACAUCUGUCUCCGAAUCCCUAAUAGAGCAAGUGGAUUUAAUGCCCUUUGUUCCUGAUAUGUACAGGAGAUUUCGAACCUUGUCCACUCAUUUGCCUUUAGAGGGCACAUAUUUUCUUGAAGCAGCUUUGCAUGUUGGCACAGCUUUCAUAUAGUAAGUAUAAUAUACUUUCAGUUGGGAAAAGUGAAACAAUUUUUGCAGCUAGCAAAUUGAAUUCUUCUGGUUGGAUGUUGCUCAGGAAAAUAAAUAUUUUGGAUAAUCUUCAUUCAAGUAAUACUUGAUUAAUACUAAUUAUAGAAACCAGACUGUUAGGCCGUGUUCAAACCAAACUGACUGUAAGCCGCCGAAUGUGAGCAAGCUUACUGUGAGCCCCAGUGUAAACAUCAAAAUAAACGGUAUGUUUCGUUCACAGUAUGCUGACAAUACGCUUAUAGCUUACAAUACGCCAAUGUGUGAACAAAACAGUCGGCUUGUAUACGUUCACACCGCAUGCGUACGCUGAGCAGCCGACUAUUUUUCACAUAAAAGAGCUCAGUGGUUUGAAAUUCUCGCAGUAUAUCUCAGUUCGUGUUUCUAGACUGGUAACCGGGGUGCUAACUAAAUAAUGUUCGCUAAGAUAUUGGCCAUUCACGAAGCUCUGGAGGAAGAUGAAGAAAGGAAUAAGAGAAUUUGGGUACAUCCUUUAAAUUUAAAGAGAUGUUAUCUUGGUCAGUUUCAUUUUACAUUCGGAAUACAGAUGUUACCCUGAUAAAUUCAAAAAACAUUAUCGCAUGUCUGUAAAAUCUUUUGACGAAUUAUUGUCAUUAAUAUGUACCAAAGUGUAUAAAAAAGACACCAACUACAGACGUGCUAUAGAGCCAGAAGAAAGAUUAGCUGUUACUUUAAGGUAUUUAGCUACAGGGGCAUCCUUUGGUACCUUAAGCGAAGAUUUACUAAUGGGGAAGUCUACAAUAUCUGCGAUUGUUUGUGAAACCUGCUCGGUUUUGUGGGAAAUAUUAAUGCCUUUGGAAUUACCGCAGCCCACAGAAGAAAUGUGGAUAAACAUAUCUAAUUUGUUUUACACAAGAACAAAUUAUCCGAAUUGUCUGGGCCCUAUAGACGGCAAACAUGUGCGAAUAAGGAAACCAGCUCAUAGUGGUUCAAACUUUUUCAACUAUAAAAAGUUCUUCUCAAUAGUCCUUUUUGCUUUAGCUGAUGCAAACUGUUUAUUUACUGCCGUUGAUAUUGGAUCAUGUGGAAGAGAAGCAGAUAGUAACAUAUUUAAAAACAGUAACAUGGGCAAAAUGAUAGCUCUUGGACAAUUAAAUAUACCAAAAUCUGCCAAACUGCCUAAUUCCAGUGGACCUGAACAACCAUAUGUGUUUCUAGGGGAUGAAGCGUUUAGUUUAAAAUCAAAUUUAAUGAGACCUUACCCAAAUCGCAACUUAACUAUAGAACAGCGCACAUAUAAUUUUCGGCACUCUCGAGCAAGGAGAUGUGUUGAAUGUGCAUUCGGUAUUUUGUCUAAUAAGUGGAGAGUGUUACAUUCAAGUAUAAAUACUGAUGUCAAAAAUGCUAUUAAAAUAAUACAAGCCACUUGCGUACUACACAAUUUUGUUCGUAGAAGAGAAGGCAUCAAUUUCAAAGAUCAGUUAAGAACUUGUACUCUUAGGGAUGUACGAACAUCGCGAUUAGUUGUGUCCACAUCAGGUCAAAGGGUGAGAGAAUUCUAUAAAGAAUAUUUUGUAAAUGAGGGUAGAUUGAACUGGCAAAAUAGAUAUAUCUAAGCUGCGUGUAGUAUUAAACAAAAAUAUUUCAAUUGAAAUCAAAUAAUGUCAAUUUUGUGUCAACUGUUUGUAAUUCUUACUUAAUAAAAAAACUACUCACUA